AAUUUCGACACAAAAAUGAAGACGACUUAUAGAAGUACUACAAGCUUACUUACUAAUCCUACUUCUGGACAGAUGCCGAAGUACCAGUCAAAGGCAGGAGAUCCUGAGCUUCAGAGAUCCUUUAGAGGUCACAAGAACACAGUCACGUCUGUCUGCUUCUCUAGUAACAUGAAGUACUGCCUGUCAGGAGCCAAAGAUGGAGUUAUUGAAGCUUGGAACUUUAAACCACAAAGCAGACCAUUUGAGUUCGUUGGCCACAAAGCACCGAUUCACAAAGUUAUUUACCAUCCUACUGGGAAGUUCAUUGCUUCAGCUAGUUCAGAUGAGACAGUUAUUCUGUGGACAAAUGCUGUGAACUACCAGAAAGAGAUUAUUAAGUCUCAUUCCGCUCCUAUUAGAGCUAUUGAUUUCUCUAAGGAUGGGUCAAUGCUGCUCACAGGAUCUGAUGAUAAGACUCUUAAGACCUGGAAUCUCAAGCAGAGGAAAAUCAAAGGAAGAGAUAGAAUAUUUGCUACCUUUAGUUCAUCCAUCCUUGGACACACAAAUUGGAUAAGGAGUGCGCAAUUCUCUCCAGAUGCAAGGUUGAUUGUCUCUGGCUCAGAUGACAAAACUGUCAAAUUAUGGGAUAUUGCUAAGAAAAAGAACCUCAAUUCAUUUGUUGAUCAUCUCGACAUUGUCAGAGAUGUCAGAUUCCACCCUGAUGGAACCUGAGUUGCCUCUGGAAGCAAUGACUGAACCAUUAAAUUGUGGGAUUUGAGAAGCAAGAGAUUAUUACAGCAUUAUGAUGCUCAUGAUGGGCCAAUAAACCAGAUUAGUUUCCACCCUAAUGGGAAAUACCUUAUCUCGGCAUCUGAUGAUAACACAGCCAAGAUCUGGGAUAUCAGAAUGGGCAACAUCCUCUUCACUCUUUAUGGACAUGAAGAUGCAGUGAGUGCUAUUAAUUUCUCAGAAUGAGGAGAUUACUUUGCCACUGGGGGAGAAGACACUAUCGUCAAUGUUUGGAAAUCAAACCUCGACUCCAAUAAAGAGACAGAAACACUAGAAGACGUAUCAGGACUUGUUUCUAUUGGAGGGAUGAGAGAGACUACUAUUAGGCCUAAUAUUGACACCUAUCUUGUAGAUAGAGAAGAUGCGAAGUCAAUUUCAGGAACAAAGAAAAGCCCCUCUAAACCAAGGCUCCAUACCCAGAAUUCGACUCAUUCAGGGCUAAUGCCUGGUCAAAAUAUGAAGAGCGAUAGGACUCGCUCUGAUAUUGCAGGAGGAAAGUAUCAAUACAAUGAUUUUAUCAUGAAAACACCUGAGGAUGAGUUUUAUAGCAAGCCUUCAAAGGUUGAAUGUAUCCCUGAUACUGCAUUUUCGAAGCAACAUCUUGACAACGUUCCCCAUGAGAUCAGCUCUACAGUGAGUAAGAUAGUCAAUCAGCUAGAUAUUCUCUCAAACACGUUACAAUUACUUGAUCAAAGGAUCACUGCGAAUGAGUCACAAGCAAAAGAUGCUAUUAGAUUCUUUAGAGAGUUGAAUCAGAAGGACGCUGAGAAAAUUGGAGAAGUCCAGAGAGCAAGCGAGGACUUCCAUCUGACCCCUACUCAUCAAUAAUUUUUAUUUAAAUCCUUAAAGGGG